UCUCUACCUCAUGCGUGGGACCCGCUCUCUAGGAACGACCCCCGUUUGGCGGGUUCGUUUUUGGGUCUCUCAUGUCCGAGUUCUCUCAUGCCCGAUUCCGAGUCCGUCAACAGAGAGCGGGCAAGCGAGACUGAGAAGAGCAAGAAAGAAAGGGAGCUUGGAGAGAGAGGGAGGAGCUGUAAUGGCGUCGUUCUCCUCUCCUGGCCUCCCACCAAAACCCUAACCCUUCCCUUCGAUACCCACUUUGAUCCCUCUCUGGCCAUGGGACCUCCGACUUCCGCUAGCGCCCAAGAGGGAACCCUAAUUCCUUGAUUCCUUGGGUUCCAGUCCCUGUAAUGCCUGUGGAGCUCCACACCGCCGGAAACAGGGAUCUCGACAUCGGCGCCACCUCCUUUGGCUCUGGGUGCAUUGCUAUUCUUUGCGUUCGUGCGUUGGAUUCGAUUGAGAGGAGAAUUCGAGCCCUCGUGUGGUUAAAAUAGUAUCGCAGAGGAUGUCUCGAAGCUCUGCUUUUGAUGAAGAACAUAUGGGGGCCAAUGAUGAGGGCAUGGAGUUUCCAGCUAUUGCAGAUGGACACUUAGUGUUUGACAAGGAUAGUUUAAUUUUCAGCGAAGAAGAUCAAGUACAACAAGAACUUGAGGUACAAUUAGGGGAAGAAAGUCAAUCUGAUGUUAGUGCAACUGUGUUGUGGAAACAUGUUAUAAAAGGAAAAAAAUGCGGAAAUGCUCAUGGGGGUUCUCAUGUCUUCAAAUGCAAGCAUUGCCAAAAGAUAUACCAUGGCACCUAUACACGCGUUUAUGCACAUUUAAUGGGGCACAAAAAAGGUGAAAGCAAAGGAAUUGGCUAUUGUUCUGUUGUAAAGGCGGACAAAAAUCUACAAAUGCAAAUAAAGAGAGAAGUUGAGCAUGUUGAGAGCUCACCGAAUGUUGUUCCACUGAAGAAGUCAAAGCUCAAUGCAGAUUCUGGUACAGCAUCAGCAUCACAGGGACCCUCUUUAGCCCAUUCCUAUGUAGGUCCUUUUGAGAAAGAUUACUCAACUCAAGAUAGAGGUGAUGUUGAUUCUAAAGUAAUACGCUGUUUGUGUGCUAAUGGCAUCCCUUUAAGUGUGUUAAGAUCACCAUAUUGGGAAGAAAUGGUAUCAGCAAUCAGUAGAGAAUUGGGCUACAAAAGUCCAUCUUAUGAAAGAGCACAGACUGUCUUGCUGGAAAAUGAAAGGGAUAGGGUUGAAAGGGAACUGGAUGAUUUCAAGCAGAAGUGGUCUCUAUAUGGAGUUUCAGUCAUCUCAAAUGGUUGGACUGAUGUUAAGAAUCAACCCUUGAUAAACUUCUUGGCCUCAAAUCAAUUUGGUUCUGUGUUUCUACAUGCUCUUGACUUUUUAUUGGUUGAGAAGUCCCAGAAGAGCAUUUCUGAUUAUAUGCUUGAAGCGAUUGAAAAGGUGGGACCACAUAAUGUUGUUCAGCUAAUCACAGAUAAUGCUGUGGAUUGUGUAGCUGCAAGUGAGGAGGUGGCAAAAGCAUAUCCAUACAUAUUCUGGAAUCCUUGCAUGGUUCACACACUAAAUUUGAUACUGAAGGACUCUGUAAGGGCCCUUCCUUGGCUCGAGGAGACUUAUACGACUGCCAAAGGUAUAGUGAAAUAUAUCUUGUAUCAUUCCCAAGCUGCUGAAAUUUUCCAAAGUUAUCCAAAGUUAGAAGUAUUGAAAGUUGCAGCCAGAGGGUGUGCAUCACACUAUGUUACUCUUCAUCUUUUACUUGAUAUAAGGGAAGUUUUAAGGGCUGCUGUCAUAUCCGAUCUAUGGGAGGGAUGGGCUAGUUUUCCAAACCUAGAUGAGAAAGCAAAGCUUUCUGGAGAUGAUGUGAAGGCAGGGGUCAUGUCUGAUAAUUUCUGGGAGGCAGUACAUUUGGCUCUCUUUAUAAUCAAACCAAUAUAUAAAAUGAUUAAGUUUAGUGAUCAAGAUGGCCCCCUUAUUGGAGAGGUAUGUGAGAGAAUGGAUAAUAUGUUGGGAGAAAUCAAAGAUAAUUUGAGAGGACAAGAGGACAUCUUUAUGGUUGUCAGGGAAAAGGCCUAUUCAAGGUGGAACAAGGCAAGCGUUCCUUUGCAAUGUUUAGCCUGCGCCCUUACGCCAAAAUAUUAUGAUGAAGAAUACCUCCAAAUACCAGCUCCAGGUGGUAGGAAGAGAUGUCCUCCAGCCCAAGAUGAUGACAUAUUUGAAAGUGCGAUGGAUGCAAUAGUCAAAAUGCACCCAAAUGAUGAUCAAGCAGAUACUGUUCGUGUGCAGUUCAUGUCGUUUGUAGAAAAGAAGGGUAAGUUCUCCUCUGCAACAGCAAAAAGAGAUGCAAGGAAUCCGAAAAUCACUGUUUUGCAGUGGUGGAAGUUUCAUGGAGGGGAUACAAAGGAGUUGAGAGAUAUGGCAUUUAGAGUGCUUGGACAAUCAAUUAGUACUUUAUCUGUUGAGAGACCAUGGAGCACCUAUAGCUAUAUCUACAAUGCAAAGCGCAAUAGGCUAAAUGGAAGUCGUGCUGAUGACCUGAUGUAUAUACAUUCCAAUUUAAGAUUACUAUCCAGGUUUAAUUCAAAUUAUAAGUAUGGUCCGCAUAGAAAAUGGGAUAUAUGUCCAGAGCUUCCUCUUAUGGAUGAAUCUGCUUUACAGUGGGAUGAUUUGUGCUUCGUGGGCCUCGAUGAUGAGGACUCAUUGUUGAAACAAGUUGCUCACUCUAGUAAUCCUAUACAAGAGCUUUUAAGGAUUAUUGAAGAUGUUCCUUCAAGCAAUGAUCAAUGUGGCGAACAAAGUCAGAUCGCUAGCUCCAUGCAUGCAAGUGGAGGGCGAGGAGGGAGAGGAGGCCGAGCUGGUGGUAGUAGUAGGCUUGAUCCAAAGGGGAAGACGAAGAAAUUCUUAACAUGAUGGAGGAUAGCUAUCAACUUCGGUGCCACUCGAUGAAAGCAACAAGCUUCUUCAAUUUUUUUGAGCAACAUGUUUCCCGAAUGGCCAUCAGGCCAGCCGUGUCUGAUCUUAUUUUUCAACACGCCAUGGCGAGGAGACCCACAAGCAAAAAGGAUCCAUGAUGGAUGUAUAUUACAAUUCGACAUGGUUUACUUAUGAGCAGCAUAAUGGAGAGGCAUUCAUAAAGCUCUUCUGAAUCAGAGGUGUUCUUAACAGGUAAAAAGCACCCCUAAAUUCAAAGAAGGGGGAGGCAAUCAAACAUGUAACCUAACCACAAAAU